GAUUGGCAGUGGGGCGUGCCGGGGGCGUGACCGCGGCAUUGGGUCCGGGGUAGGGCCCAGGCAGCCGGAUUCGCGGUUGCUCGGCGUGCACCUGAGGCUCGACGCCCGGGGUCCUCGAAGCCGCGUCCGCCGCCGUCCCGGUCGCCAUGAACCGCUUCAGGGUGUCCAAGUUCCGGCACACGGAGGCUCGGCCGCCCCGCCGCGAGGCCUGGAUCAGUGACAUUCGAGCAGGAACCGCCCCUUCAUGCAGGAACCACAUCAAAUCAAGCUGCAGCUUGAUCGCGUUCAACUCCGACCAUCCAGGUGUACUGGGCAUUGUGCCUCUGCAAGGCCAAGGAGAAGACAAGCAACGUGUGGUCCACCUGGGCUGCCAUUCAGACCUGGUCACCGACUUGGACUUCUCGCCCUUUGAUGACUUCCUCCUGGCCACAGGCUCGGCCGACAGGACGGUAAAAUUCUGGCGGCUGCCAGGGCCCGGCCAGGCCCUGCCCUCAGCACCCGGGGUGGUGCUGGGCCCCGAGGACCUCCCAGUGGAGGUGCUGCAGUUCCACCCCACCUCUGAUGGCGUCCUGGUGAGCGCAGCAGGCACCGCUGUGAAGGUCUGGGAUGUGGCCAAGCAGCAGCCUCUGACAGAGCUGGUGGCCCAUGGGGACCUGGUGCAGAGCGCCAUCUGGAACCGGGAUGGAGCCCUGGUGGGCACGGCGUGCAAGGACAAGCAGCUGCGGAUCUUUGACCCCAGAACAAAGCCUCAGGCCUCUCAGAGCACACAGGCCCAUGAGAACAGCAGGGAUAGCCGGCUGGCAUGGACGGGCUCCCGGGAGCACCUUGUGUCUACUGGAUUCAACCAGAUGCGUGAGCAUGAAGUGAAACUGUGGGACACGCGGGUCUUCUCCAACGCCCUGGCCUCCCUCACCUUGGACACCUCACCGGGGUGUCUCAUGCCUCUGCUGGACCCUGACUCCGGGCUCCUGGUCCUGGCAGGAAAGGGCGAGAGGCAGCUGUACUGUUACGAGGUGGUCCCGCAGCAGCUGGCGCUGAGCCCAGUGACCCAGUGUGUCUUGGAGAGCGUGCUGCGGGGGGCUGCCCUUGUGCCCCGGCAGGCGCUAGCUGUCAUGAGCUGCGAGGUACUCCGCGUCCUGCAGCUGAGCGACACAGCCAUCGUGCCCAUCGGCUACCACGUGCCCCGCAAGUCUGUGGAGUUCCACGAGGACCUGUUCCCGGACACUGCCGGCUGUGUGCCUGCCACCGACCCCCACAGCUGGUGGGCUGGGGACAACCAGCAGGUAGGACCAGGGCCUGGCUCACCUCUCCUGGCCUCCCCAAGCUCCAGGAAGCCCCCUGUGUGGCUGUGUGCCAACUCAGUCUGGCCUGCUGGGUGCCCCCCAUCCCUACCUAGUCGACCCUCCCAUGGGGGCCUUCCUGACCGGGCAGCCCAUGCCCCUAUCACCCCACUGCUGGCCUCCAUGCAGGUGCAGAAGGUCAGCCUCAACCCUGCCUGCCGGCCCCACCCCAGCUUCACUUCCCGUCUGGUGCCCUCUAUGGAGCCCCUCCCUGACACAGCCCAGCCUGCAGUGAUGGAGACACCCGUGGGUGAUGUAGACGCAAGUGAGGGCUUCUCUUCACCUCCCAGUUCACUGACCUCACCCUCCACGCCCUCCAGCCUGGGGCCCUCACUCUCCAGCACCAGUGGCGUCGGGACCAGCCCCAGUCUGAGGUCGCUGCAGAGCCUGCUGGGCCCCAGUUCCAAGUUCCGCCAUGCUCAGGGCACCGUCCUGCACCGAGACAGCCACAUCACCAACCUCAAGGGGCUCAACCUCACCACACCUGGUGAGAGUGAUGGCUUCUGCGCCAACAAGCUACAUGUGGCCGUGCCCCUGCUCAGCAACGGGGGACAGGUGGCUGUGCUCGAGCUACGGAAGCCUGGCCGCCUGCCCGACACAGCACUGCCCACGCUGCAGAAUGGGGCAGCUGUGACUGAUUUGGCCUGGGACCCCUUUGAUCCCCAUCGCCUCGCUGUGGCUGGUGAGGAUGCCAGGAUCAGACUGUGGCAGGUGCCCCCACAGGGCCUGGAAGAGGUGCUCACCACACCGGAGACUGUGCUCACAGGCCACACGGAGAAGAUCUGCUCCCUGCGCUUCCACCCACUGGCAGCCGAUGUGCUGGCCUCGUCCUCCUAUGACCUCACUGUUCGCAUCUGGGACCUUCAGGCUGGAGUUGAUCGGCUGAAGCUGCAGGGCCACCAAGACCAGAUCUUCAGCCUGGCCUGGAGUCCUGAUGGGCAGCAGCUGGCCACUGUCUGCAAGGAUGGGUGUGUGCGGAUCUACAGGCCCCGGAGUGGCCCUGAGCCCCUGCAAGAGGGUCCAGGGCCCAAGGGAGGACGCGGAGCCCGCAUUGUCUGGGUGUGUGAUGGUCGCUGUCUGCUGGUGUCUGGCUUUGACAGCCAAAGUGAGCGCCAGCUGCUCCUGUAUGAAGCUGAGGCCCUGGCUGGCGGACCCUUGGCGGUGCUGGGCCUGGACGUGGCUCCCUCAACCCUGCUGCCCAGCUACGACCCAGACACUGGCUUGGUGCUCCUGACCGGCAAGGGUGACACCCGUGUGUUCCUGUACGAGCUGCUCCCCGAGUCCCCUUUCUUCCUGGAGUGCAACAGCUUCACAUCGCCCGACCCCCAUAAGGGCUUCGUCCUCCUGCCUAAGACAGAGUGCGAUGUGCGGGAAGUGGAGUUGAUGCGGUGUCUGCGGCUGCGCCAGUCCUCCCUGGAGCCUGUGGCUUUCCGGCUGCCCCGAGUCCGGAAAGAGUUCUUCCAGGAUGACGUGUUCCCAGACACAGCCGUGAGCUGGGAGCCGGUGCUCAGUGCCGAGGCCUGGCUGCAAGGCGCUAAUGGGCAACCCUGGCUUCUCAGCCUGCAGCCUCCUGACAUGAGUCCAGUGAGCCAAGCCCCCCGAGAGGCCCCUGCUCGUCGCGCCCCAUCCUCGGCACAGUAUCUGGAAGAGAAGUCAGACCAGCAAAAGAAGGAGGAGCUGCUGAAUGCCAUGGUGGCAAAACUGGGGAACCGGGAAGACCCGCUCCCCCAGGACUCCUUUGAAGGCGUGGACGAGGAUGAGUGGGACUAGCCUGCGCCCCCGUCACCUCCACCUUACCUACGCUGCCAUCUCCUAGUGCACACCUCACAGCUUAUCCUCAAGCUGGAAGAUACCUCUCUGGCCCCGGUACAUGUCACCCCUGCGCUCCUGGCUUCCCGUGGGCACUUCCACAGCCUCUGGGCCUCUGGCAGCUUCCAGGGACUGUUCUCACCUCUGCUGUCUCUGGGAUCAGCUGCUGCUCAUCAGCUGCCCACUAGCAUGUAGCCAGGGGUGCAGGGUGGCGGGGGGUCAGUAGCAUGUCCCCGGGCAGGCCCUGGGCACCCUGUCUCUCCUGGUCUCACUGCUGACCUGGGCUGGUCCCAACCUGGGUUGGCCUUAUCCAGGAUCUUUGGUCACCCCACACUGCCCCAUCUUGCCUGCUGUCCUAGUUCUGGUCAAGGGCCUUGGGGGCUGGCCCCCCACCCGGCCUUCUGGAGCAGCACCAGUCUCAGGGCCCUGGGACCAGCUGCCCUGCUUCCCAGGUUUGUAGCCAGGAGAAGGGGGGCAUCGCAGAGCUGAUGGUCCAAUAAGGGGGUGUGAGCCCUGCAGGGACUGGCCCGCACCUGCCCUGUAUGUUCUCAGCAAUUAAACUUUUUUAAGCUGG